AGCUGAAAUGGAGCAGCAAGAAAAUCAACCGGCCAGACAAACACUCUCCUGUUCGAUCUGUGUGGAUCUACUGAAGGAUCCGGUGACUACUGGCUGUGGACACAGCUACUGUAAGAGCUGUAUUCACACCCACUGGGACAAAGAGGAGGAGAGAGGAAGCUACAGCUGUCCUCAGUGUAGACAGACCUUCACACCGAGGCCUGUCCUGGAGAAAAACACCAUGUUAACUGAUUUAGUGAAGGAGCUGAAGAAGAUCUGCUCUCGUCACGACGAGGUGAUGAAGAUGUUCUGCCGCACUGAUCAGCAGUGUAUCUGUUAUCUCUGCUCUUUGGAGGAACAUAAAGACCACGACACAGUGUCAGCUGCAGCAGAAAGGACUGAGAGGCAGAGAGAGCUCAGGCUGAGGAGACAAACAAUCCAGCAGAGAAUCCAGGACACAGAGAAAGACGUGAAGCUGCUUCAACAGGAGGAGGCCCUCAAUGGCUCUGCUGAUAAAGCAGUGGAGGACAGUGAGGAGAUCUUCACUGAGAUGAUCCGUCUGCUGGAGAAAAGAAGCUCUGAUGUGGAACAGCAGAUCAGAUCCCAGCAGGAAACUGAAGUGAGUCGAGACAGAGAGCUUCAGGAGAGACUGGAGCAGGAGAUCACUGAGCUGAAGAGGAAAGACCAGGAACUGAAGCAGCUCUCAGACACAGAGGACCACAACCAGUUUCUACACAACUACCCCUCACUGUCACCACUCAGUGGAUCUACACACUCAUCCAGCAUCAGGAUCCGUCCUCUGAGGAACUUUGAGGACGUGACAGCAGCUGUGUCCCAGGUCAGAGGUCGAAUACAGGACAUUCUGAGUGAUACAGAGACACAGAUUUUACAGAUUGUGUCUCAAGUGGAUGUUUUACUGCGACAACCAGAGCCAGAGACCAGAGCUGACUUCUUAAAAUAUUCACAGGAAAUCACACUGGAUCCAAACACAGUAAACAAACGUCUGUUAUUAUCUGAUGGAAACAGAGAAGUAACCUUUAUGAGAGAAGAACAAUCUUAUUCUGAUCACCCAGACAGAUUCAGUUUCUGGCCUCAGGUCCUGACUAGAGAGAGUCUGACUGGACCUUGUUACUGGGAGGUGGAGGUGGGAGGAGCAGUUGGUGUAGGAGUCGCAUACAAGAAAAUCAGCAGAGCAGGAGACUCACUUGAAUGUUUAUUUGGAUUCAAUGAUAAAUCUUGGUCAUUCUAUUGUGGUAGAAACAGUCAUUCGUUUUCUUACAACAACGUCCAGACUCCAGUGUCAGGUCCUGUGCCCUCCAGAGUAGGAGUGUACCUGGAUCACAGUGCAGGUGUUCUGUCCUUCUACAGAGUCUCUGACACCAUGACUCUCCUCCACAGAGUCCAGACCACAUUCACUCAGCCUCUCUAUGCUGGAGUUAGCGUUUAUAAUGAUGGAUCCACAGCUGAGUUCUGUAAACUCAAAUAGACUUGAUUCAUUAAAAGCAGUGAUUUAGAUUCUGUGUUUAAAUCUUUAACUUCUUUUGUCUACAUGUUUGUUGAUCAAAUCACAGCGCCACCUGCUGGCUACAGGAAGUGACAUGUUUUAUACUUUGAUGAACUGCUCCUGGGUGCAAAUAGGCUCAAUAAACUCAUUGGAUCAUGGUCAGAAUUGUGACAUUUCCUCAAACCGCGUAAACAUCGAUGUGCGACUGAUCAUCCUUCGUCGCACAUCAAUGACAACAUUGUCUCCUCUGGCGAAGGUCAAGAUGUUGUCAUAACUCCACUGUGCAUUGUCCUAUCACCACCAAACUUCUUUCACAUGAUCAGAGUCCAAGCUUGAAUAGCUCUAUGUGUCAAUAUUUCCUCAGUUUCAUAGCGCCACCUACUGAUUCGCCAUGAAACAGGAAGUACUUUGUAAAUCCACUUGUAAAUCCUCUCUGCAUUAUCCAACCGGCUCCGAACUACUACUCCUUGGGCUUUCAUUAGAUCAACUUCAACUUCUGUGAAUGUCAUCUCAACAAGAUGGAGAUAUAAACUACCUCGGUAUAUAUGAUUUCAUCACACUGUGUGACCGUGGCGUGGCGUGACAUUUUGAUGAUU